UAAACGUACAAAAACUGUCAUAUUGUAUUUGAUAUUGACACUUGCACGGGUCUUACUUCUUAUAAAAACAUAACCUAAUUUAUUUAGUAGUAUUUUAUUUUAAAAACAAAAUGAGAUUAAAUACAAUAUUUUUCACAGCCCCUUCAAAUAAAAGUGCCAGGAGGCCACAAAGAGAACCUAUACCUUUUCAAAUGCUUUUACCUUUAAAGCUUAAGAAAUCUGUAUCUGGUAAGGGAGACAAACUAAAAGAGGCUGCUUGUAUGCAAGAAAUGGCUGUAAUGUUCGCUUGUUUCAAGAAAGCAGAGUUUGAUCAAGAGCAGUGUUUGAAGGAGGUUACCUCUUUUCAAAAUUGUUUUCAAGAGUAUAACCAACGAUCCAAACUUCAAAGAGAACAAGGCAAAAAAGGUAUACUGGUUCCUGGUGAGAAGGAAUUGACUCAUAGACAAUUGAAUCAACUUUUAAAAUCGUUCCCACCUAGACAGUAGGACCAUGUAUUUGUUGAAGUAGUUUAUAUGCAAUUAAUAUAGAUUAUAAUCCAA